AAAAAAACACAAUACCAAUUUUAGAGAUAUGCAGAGAGAUCCGUCUCACGCUUCGAUUCCAAAUAAGCCACCUCUCCUUUCUCCGAUCUGAUCCUACCAUCCGCCUUCGUUAUUUUCUUUUAAUUUUCUUAUUCAUUUUACUUUUUGGAAUUCUUUUGGUUUUAAUAAUUUCAAAAUUUUCAAAUUCAUCUUAACGUUACCAAUUCUUUUUUUCUCUUUCGCCUUUUUAUUGAAUCUCGUGUCUAUCGAUCUGCUUCGAAUCUCUAUUCUUGGGGUAGGAGGAUUUUGUUCGUGGAAUCUUUGUGGGUGAACUAGGGAAUUCAAUAAUAUCAGUGUUCAUUGUUUGUCGGUUGUCAUUUCUUUCGUGACUUAAUGGGUGAGAAUUUAGAGUUAGAAUUUGAUUGACGAAAUUUUGACGGGGUUUUUGCCGAUAUGGCGUCGGCUCAGGUCUUGCCUAGUUCGCGGAAACAAGAGCAUUUAGAAGCCGGGAAGCGUCGGAUUGUUCUAACUGAAGUUCUGGUAGACUCAAUCCAUAUUUAAAAAAGCUUGCUUUUCGAUUUUAGGCAUAUAUAUUCACUGAUUUAGGGCAUCUAUUUCAAAUUAUUCACUGGAAUUGAGGGAAUAUUUUGGCAUUUUAAGAUAUGAUCUGUAGUAUUUACAUUGUUUAGCAAUGUUUUGGGCGAUCUUAGCUGGAACUGAGGGUAUAUGACAUUAACUUGUUUUCUAGAUUACACCUUUGGAAAGUUUCACUGCCUUUAUACCUUCAAUAGUUCUAUGUAAUUGUGUCAGGUGACGCAGAGAGAGGGAAUAGGUCAAUGCUUCAAUUUUUAUCGUUAAACUAGAGUUGAGAACUUAUUUAUGUCAUUAUAUUUGAAUGGAGAGCAAUACUAACGUUUCUAUACAAGAUAGAGAGAAUGUAGAAGUUCCUUUGGGGUUUGGAGGCGCUAUACUAAAGCAAUAAUACUUGUCUGAAACUUAAGAACAAUGAUUUCAAAUGAAGAGUGUAUCUCAGUUGUGUAACCGAUAGAGAUGGAGUUUAAAGUUGCUGUUAUGGUUUUAUUCCCAAAUGAUGUGUCUUAAUGCCAUUCCUAAUUUGUGUUAGGUUGUACUAGCUCUUGUUUUCUGUAACUCUUCUUUUGUUUGGUUCAGUGAUGCUUUUAUGUGGGUGAUGGUUCAGUGGUAGGGCCCAAAAACAAAUAAGAUAUCCCAUUCUAGAAUUGUAUUCUUCUUUUCUCUGGACGCUGCACGGCUGCACCUUUUUACUUAUUCUGAUAAGUUAAUAUCCUCCUAAAUGGUACUAGUGGUUGAUUGGAUUUUCUGUAAUUACAACACUGGAUUUAUGCCCAGAAAUAAAGGUUCAGUUGCAUAUUUUUUCAUAAAUGGAAAUUUGAAAACAAGCAGGUAAUUCUUUGGACUGUACGUACCAUGGGCUGUUACAUUUCUUACCUCCUUUCAUCUGCAGCUUGAGGAAUUUCGUAAGAAAAAGGCAGCUGACAGAGCCAAGAAGGCAGCAUCUACCUCCCAGCCUCAUGCUUCAGAUGUUAACUUAAAUGAUAAACAUCUAUUAGAAACUGAAGAUGGUCGAGUCACUGACUUUGAUGGAGCUGAAGCAUUCAAAAAGUCAAGAAAAUGAGAAAUAUGGUGCUUCCUGGAAUGGUGGUCCGUUUAAUGAUAGAUUUCAAACACAACAUUUGAGUAAGGACUUUCAAGAUACCAAGUCAAAAGAAGAUGAUGGCUCUUUGAAGGCUUCUGCAGUUGUAAAUCUGUUUCCUUCUGAAGAUUUUGUUACUAAAAUAUCUCCACAGAAUUCACUGCAAAGUAAGGCCAGUGACAGAAGCUUUCUAGACUCUACUCAAUCUACCUUGGGAAUAACAGGAUCUGCCCUUGAAGUUGGGCAGAGCUUACAAGGCAAUGCAGAAUUUAGGGAACCUAUGAGUUCUAAACCUGGAGAAAGAACAUUUAGCAAUUACUCUAGUGGUUUUCCAAGUGUGCCUGGUCCAUCCGCUUGGACAUUUGGAUCUUCAGAGUUCAGUUUUGAUGCCAAAAGUUCCACAAGUCACAUGCCACUGCAGUCAGUCACAAAUGAUACUAGUUCUAGGAAAUCUCGUCCGUCUUUCCUUGAUUCUCUUAAUGUAUCCAAAGCUUCUUUUGGGUCUCUUUUUCAACAUAAUCAACCUACAAAAGAUGCAUUUCCCUCCCAUAGCUCGCAGUUUAAUAGCAUGAAUGCUAUUCGAUCAUCACCUUUAGAUAAACCAUCAAUGGAGAGUGAAACUAUGGGAACUUUCUCCAAACAAAGGUCCCCUGUUUUUCCUAGUGCCAGUGAGUUUCCUGGUCAUUUUGCAGUUCCUGCUAAAAGUAAUGGUGACCUCCUAAGGCUGAAUGAGAAUAUCUCAGAGAAGAAGCAUGAGUUCUACUUAGCCAAACAAAAUGAGGAUUUUGCUGCUUUGGAGCAGCAUAUUGAAGAUUUGACCCAGGAAAAGUUCUCUCUGCAACGAGCUCUUGAGGCCUCACGUACGUUAGCAGAAUCUUUAGCUGCUGAAAAUUCAUCCUUGACUGAUAGCUAUAAUCAACAGAGAAGUGUUGUCAAUCAGCUAAAAUAUGACAUGGAGAAGUUACAGGAAGAAAUCAAGGCCCAACUGGCGGAGCUCGAGUCUUUGAAAAUGGAAUAUACAAAUGCACGACUGGAAUGUAAUGCAGCCGAUGAACGUGCCAAAAUAUUGGCUUCUGAAGUCAUUAGUUUAGAAGAGAAGGCACUUAGAUUAAGGUCAAAUGAGCUGAAGUUAGAGAGGCAUUUGGAGAACUCAGAGGCUGAAAUUUCUUUUUUCAAAAAGAAAAUGUCAAGCAUAGAGAAAGAGCAUCAGGAUUUUCAAUCAACUAUUGAAGCUCUUCAAGAAGAGAAGAGGGUGCUUCAGUCUAAGCUACGAAAAGCCUCCGUCACUGGGAAGCCUUUUGAUGUUACUAAGAAUCCUGCUAGUAAGGACAUGUCGACUUCAACAGAGGAUCUAAUAAGCAUAGAUGCUGCUACUGAUGAUAGGGAGAAUAUCAGUAACGAUGCCUCUAGUUUGAGCUUGCUGCCUGAAGAUGGACAAUUUGAAGCUGCUUCUGUUUAUAUUCCUCCUGAUCAAAUGAGAAUGAUUCAGAACAUUAAUUGUCUAAUUUCCGAGUUAACAUUAGAGAAAGAAGAACUAGCACAAGCUUUCUCAUCUGAGUUAUCUCAAAGUUUGAGGCUGAAGGAGUUGAACAACGAGUUGUCUAGGAAACUUGAAGCUCAAACUCAAAGAUUAGAGCUUUUGUCAGCUCAAAGCAUGGCAGGCGAGCACAUCCCAGUUAGACAAUAUGAGUCUAAAAUGAUGCAUGAUAACACCCCAUAUGCCGAUGAGGGUGAUGAGGUGGUGGAAAGGGUCUUAGGAUGGAUUAUGAAGCUCUUUCCAGGUGGGCCAUCAAGACGGAGAACCAACAUGCGGCUUUCCUACUGAAACUAGAUACCUUGGCAAGAGAGGUUCAUAUUUUCGUAUCCUUUUCUUUUUUGGGUUUGCCAUAACUCCUUUUGGUGAUGUGAGGGAGGUCGUGAUUUGUAUAUUUUUGAGUCAGCUAUACAAACACAUUCUUUUUGAUAGAAGUUAAAAUGAGUUUUAUGAUGAUGGUGUUGCCAUAGAUUUGCUAAAUCUAACGUGUAUUAUUUUGAGAUAAGGCAAUAAAGAAAACCCGCCCUUGUUGCAGUGAAUGUUGUAAUGAGCUAUAAUUGACAAAUGGUAUUAGGGAAAGAAGCCUAUAAGUUUGUACUGUCAAUUUAUUGUGUUUGUAAUGAACAAAUUUCAGUUCUUAAAGAAUUAGAAAUUUAUGCUUCUUUAAA